GAGAAGCACAGCCAAGCACUUCCGGGCGGCGAGGCUGGGGGUGGGCAAGAUGGCGGCGGACGUGGGGAGCUGGCGGCUUUAUGCGCUGCUGAGAUUUUUUUAUUCACUGUUCUUUCCUGGACUAAUAAUAUGUGGAGUUCUCUGUGUAUGUUUGGUCAUUGUCCUUUGGAUAAUGAGGCGACAUCUACAGAGGAGAAAAAAGUCAGUCUCAGCCAGCAGAAAUGGAAAAGAUCAAACGGUAGUUGCCUUUUUUCAUCCUUACUGCAAUGCAGGCGGCGGUGGAGAGAGAGUUCUAUGGUGCGCUUUGAAAGCCCUGCAGAAAAAGUAUCCUGAAGCGGUUUAUGUAGUAUAUACUGGUGACAGUAAUGUCAGUGGUCAACAGAUACUAGAAGGUGCUUUCAGAAGAUUUAACAUCAAGCUAGUUCACCCAGUACAGUUUGUUUUCUUAAGGAAGCGCUACCUUGUGGAAGAUCGUCGGUAUCCCCACUUCACAUUGCUGGGGCAGAGUCUUGGAUCCAUUCUUCUUGGCUGGGAAGCUCUGAUGCAGCGUGUUCCUGAUGUUUACAUCGACUCUAUGGGAUAUGCUUUCACACUCCCUCUGUUUAAAUAUGUGGGGGGCUGCCGAGUUGGGAGCUAUGUUCAUUAUCCCACUAUCAGCACUGACAUGCUCUCUGUAGUGAAGAAUCAAAACACUGGAUUUAAUAAUGCAGCUUUCAUUAGCAGGAAUGCUCUUCUCAGCAAAGCAAAGCUCAUCUACUACUAUUUAUUUGCUUUUAUUUAUGGCCUUGUUGGUUCUUGCAGUGAUGUAGUCAUGGUGAAUUCCACUUGGACACUGAAUCAUAUUCUCUCACUGUGGAAAGUUGGCCAUUGCACUAACAUUGUUUAUCCACCUUGUGAUGUGCAGACAUUUCUGGACAUCCCCUUACAUGAGAAAAAAGUGACCCCAAGACAUUUGUUGGUUUCCAUUGGCCAGUUCAGGCCUGAAAAGAAUCACGCUUUGCAGAUCAAAGCCUUUGCUAAAUUGCUAAAUGAGAAGGCACCUGAGUCAUACCCUUCACUUAAACUUGUCCUUAUUGGGGGGUGUCGAAACAAAGAUGAUGAGCUUCGCGUAAACCAAUUGAGAAAACUGUCUGAGAAUUUGGGCGUUCAAGAAGAUGUGGAAUUUAAAAUAAACAUUUCAUUCGAUGAAUUGAAGAAUUACCUGUCUGAAGCAACAAUCGGGCUGCAUACCAUGUGGAAUGAGCAUUUUGGGAUUGGAGUUGUGGAGUGUAUGGCAGCUGGCACAAUUAUCCUUGCACACAAUUCAGGAGGCCCAAAGCUCGACAUUGUCGUUCCUCAUGAAGGACAAAUAACUGGAUUUCUGGCUGAGAGUGAAGAAGGCUAUGCUGAAACCAUGGCUCACAUUCUCUCUCUGUCUGCAGAAAAGAGACUUCAGAUCAGAAGGACUGCCAGAGCGUCUGUGAGCAGGUUUUCUGACCAGGAGUUUGAAGUCGCAUUCCUGUCUUCUGUGGAGAAGUUACUCACUUAAUGCCAAAUCUGUGUAUAUUCUAGAUAUUUUAUACAAAGUGGAGCUGGGGUGUGGAUCAGUGGUAGAGCCUGUGCUUGGUGUAUGCAAGGUCCUGUAUUCCAUCUCCAGCAUCAAAAAGUAAAAGGAAAUGCUUCAUUUGGAAAUGCUUUCACGUGUAAAUAUUUUCUACGUUUACUCUCUAUUGUAAUAAAGGCUACCUGAGCAAUAUUCUCAGCAAUGUGUUUAUACACAUGGUAGUAUUAAACAAAAUGGCAAAAUUAUCUUUAUGGAAAAA